GAUCAACCGGCAGCGCUCGCGCGAGCAGACUAUGAUUGACGACUUCGACACCAUGCAUCUUGGUGGUGAUGGUGGUGGCCGCCGUGGAAGGGCCUUUUCACGACAUGACGAUCGUGAUGAUGUGAAUUUUUACCGCGCAAAGCAGCAACAUGAAAAUCAUCUUGCUCGGCGGGCUCGCGACGAGCAGGAGGAUAUUAUGCGGCAACAAGAAAGAAUGAGGUUGCGCGAUGAGCUCACUUCUCCGAGAAACCCUUUCAUGCGCAACACGCUGAGAUCGCGAUUUACGUUCGGGGGAGACCCUGCUUUCGAUUAUUAGCAGUCCUUUUCCUCUCUUUUUCUUUCUUUGUUUCUCCUCUUGUUUGAUUCUUUCUCUCUGUGUCCCCUUUGUUCUCCACUGAGGGUCGACGAUGGGCAUGUUUCCUGAUGCUUUUUUUUUGUGUGUUUUUUUGGGAAAGGUCGCAUGGAAUAAUGGCUUCAAAAAAGGCAGUGAGAGCCUUAUGAUUCCUUGGGUUCUUGAUAUGCUCAUAAUUAUUUCUGAAUAAAUGAGUUGACAUUCC